AUAACUUGCAACAUAGUAGUCAAUCUCGUACCCAGCGCUCCUGUCCCUCUUUACUGCGCAAGACCAGAAGUAACGCGGGCUCUGGGUACGAGAUUACAAAGCAGUGUCGUAUAACCUCCAGUCCAGCGGCUYAACUUGUGAAUUUUUCGUGUACUUUCGAUUUUUGCUUUUAAUUCUUUCAGGUAAACAUCUACCUAGUGUCAACAAUCGUAUCCAUAGUCUUCACAAUUACACUAAUCACRUGCUAUAGUGUAAGUAUCGCCAUGAUGGUCAGCAGUGAAAGCUUUUGUAACAAAUGUCCUUCAAACUCAACAACCUGUAGCGAAGGACAGUGCAGCUUGCAAAUUACUCUUGGUUCAGUUGAGAUGUACCAAAGUGUACUGGAGCUCUGUGUUGCCGUGUGGACACUACUGAAAUGCAGGUUCAACAAGGGAAGCAGCARCAAAGACACCGUACAAGAUUCUAAGCAACAAGAAAAAGAUAUUCGAACAAGAAACAAGAACAACGAAGAAAAAUCAAAAAAGCCAACACGAUCUCACAUCAACUUUGCCCUAAAAGAAUCACCAAAAAAUACGAAUGAUCAGCCUCGGGUGACAUUACUUGAACUAUCCCGUAAUGCAAAACAAACAAGGAUAGAUGAUCAAAGGCUCUAGAGCCAGCCCUUGCAAUUGCCCACGCUAAGCGCAACAUCGAAAGACCUUACCAGAGUUCAUAACCGCAAUAGAUUGAAAACCUGACAAUUGCUUGCUUAGUUCACCCGGAUCAAGAGGAUCGAAUGAGUUUAGUGAAGUCACAAUUUAUGGCACAAAAGUUCAUAUUAAACUUUGGGUCCGAUCCAAAACGUUUUCGUUAUACAUAUUACAAUAUACACUAUACACCCUUUUAAUAAGUCCCGAGGAAUUACGUUCUCCGCACUUGACGUCAAAUUUAUUCUUUUGAAUUYCUUUUGUAUUKUAAAAAUUUCAAAAGAAKAAAUUUGACGUCAARYGCGGAGAAAACAAUACCUUGGGACUUAUUAAAAGGCUGUAUACGGACCUAUCAAGAGGAUUAUAUAUGUUAUGUUAUCGRAAAAAAAACAUAUUAAUGAAAUAAUUCAAUGCAAUAUAGGAAUAAAAUAAAACAAAAAUGUAAUUAAAAAAAUGGAGGAUAGAUAAUGAAAAAAGUUCAAAGUGCAUCUUGAAAAGAACGAACAACUAUCGAGGAUCGUUUAUGGGAAUAAACGUUGCGAAUAUGAUGUUUAUGGUGAAUAYCGCUGGAAAUAUUACUAUUUUUGCAUAAGAGAUAUGCUAUUAUUAAYUUAGUUGUUAAAAAAGUAGUGCAAUCGUGUUCGUUUGUUGUACAAUAAGAGCUCUUUGAAAUUCAGUUGAAUAAAUUCAAUGAAAGUUU